AUGGAUCCAACAACUUUUUUGAAAAUUUAUUAUGAAGGGAAAGAGGUUGAUUGUAGGGAACAGUACGCCGGGACACUCCGAAUGAGAUCACAUUCUGUGAGUCCAACUUACAGAGAAGAUGGACAAAAUAUUACCCCAAAGAUUUGUGAAGUUCAUUCGAAAAGAUCUCCCGUUUCUUUGGAUGAUAGUGACGUUGAAGCUCGCCUUAAUAGUUGGAAUCUUGGGUUGGACAUGAAAACAAAAAUGAUAGAAGCUAAAUUUCAUGAAGACAAGCUUAAACUACAGCAGAAACAUGAUGCUGAUGUUCAGAAGAUUUUAGAAAGAAAGAACAAUGAAAUAGAAGAACUAAAAAUUUUAUACAAAAAGAAACAAAAUGAAACUGAAGAAACUAUUAGGAAGCUUGAAAAAAAAGGUGAUCUCCACAAUGCCGUAGCAGAAAUGGAAAAGGAAAAGUUUGAUCUUCAAAAGCGACACACUGAAAACAUUCAAGAAUUGCUUGAGGAUACAAAUAUACGUCUGAAUAAAAUGGAGAGUGAAUACAUGGCACAAACACAGUCCACAAACCACAUGGUCAAAGAGCUGGAGGCCCGUGUGCAGCAGCUGACUGGAGAAGCAGAGAACAGUAAUUUACAGAGGCAGAAAUUAAUUCAAGAAAAAUCGGAACUUGAAAGAUGUUACCAGAUAACAUGUAGUGAAUUACAAGAAGUAAAGGCAAGGCGCAAUGCACUGCAUAAAGAGAAAGAUCAUCUUGUAAAUGAUUAUGAGCAAAACAUGAAACUAUUACAAACCAAAUAUGAUGCUGAUAUAAACCUUCUAAAACAAGAACAUGCUCUUUCGGCUUGUAAGUCAUCUGGUAUGAUUGAGGAAUUAGAACAGAACAUCUGUCAAUUAAAACAGCAGUUACAGGAAUCAGAACUUCAAAGAAAGCAACAGCUAAGGAAUGGUAUUGAGGGUGCUCGUCAUGCAGUCCCAUAG